CGGGGCUAGUGUUAUAAUGGGCGGGCCUAGGCUGCAGUAUAGCAACUCUCUGUUCGACUUGAUGCCCAUUCAGCUGCCCACGUGGUGGAGAACAUAAAAAAGAAACUGCCGGACCGUAAUGAAACACAAGUGAAAUAUGCGGAAAGAAAUUGCAGCUGUGGUGUUCUUCCUGAAGACGCUGAUAAAGAAGAGAGAGAAGUUGGAUUCACACAAAAUUGAGUUGUUUGUUGAGAGAUUGGCUGUGGCACUGCAGGAGAAAUUCAGGGGGCACUGGUACCCUGACAACCCUAGCAGAGGCCAGGCAUUCAGGUGCAUCCGAGUGAACAGGUUCCAGCGUCAGGACCCAGAGCUGCUUCGUGCCUGCCAGGAGAGUGGAGUUCACUACAAUGACCUGGGGCUGCCCCGAGAACUCACACUGUGGGUGGACCCAGGGGAGGUCUGUUGCAGAUAUGGAGAGCAAAACCCAUGUUUCUCAGUGGCCAGUUUCUCAAGUGAUGAUGAGGACAAAGAUGUCACAAAGAAGGUGACCAGCGCUUUGGAGAGGGUGACGUCAGACUACCACUCAGGUUCUUCUUCCGAUGAGGAGAGCACGUUUGCUUCCCCCCUUACUAUUCCCUACAGUCGACGCACUCACCAGGCAAUGAACCCAGCUGCUCCCACAUGGCAUCCAAAGAAGAAGAUGGUGCCCGGGAAAGGUCACAUCCUUCCUCGUCCUCAAUAUGGCUUCAGGCCCCGCGGCAGAGUCCCCCACACCUUAAGACAUAACGUAUGGAUCCCUCCUGGUUAUGGAGGAGGGCCUGCAUACUGGGACAACAACCAAAAUAUGGCACACUGUUACAGUUAGGGACCAUGGUGUUUAUAGUUCACACUGGACAUUUAGGGAGCAAAGGCUGAAGGAACCAGUAAGAUGACUGACCAAUUUUUUUUCUUCUUUUUUUUUUUUUUAAGAAGAGUUUUUAUAGUUAAUUUUUUUUCCCUAAGACAAUAACUAUUCUUGCACUUUAGACCAUUUGUAAUAGUUUGACUACAAUUAUCACUUUUAAUAAAUUAGCUAUAUUGGAAGUCAUACUUACUUUGUAGUCUUGAAAUAUGUAUUGUAUUUUUAUGAUGGGAAAACUGCAUGUAUGCCACCUACCGUCCUUUUGUGAGUAAACGUUUUAUUUAUUCAUAGAGUAGAAUUAUGAGAUCUAUAGGCUUUUUAAAUUAUGAAGUCUUAUUAAACACCAUUUACAAGCAUCGUAAUGCACUGUGCAGUUGAGUGUUUAUUCUUUUAUUAUUUUUUAAAAUGAUAGUGGGUUGUCUAGCCUCUGAGUGUAAUUUGGUACAUUCCUUUGGGUAAAGUGGAACUUCAUUAAAGAAAAUGCUGUAACACUGA